CAAACCAAACACGAUAAUCAAUGGAGGAUCGCCGGAAACCACCUUUUCUACUUCUUCUUCUCUCUCUAUCUCUAGUCUAUCUCCGACCUAUCCUCGCCGUAGAUUUUGUUUUCAACGGCUUUAAUUCCUCCGGCAUCUCUGUUUACGGCGACGCCAUCACUAAAUCAAACAUCCUCACUUUAACAAAUCAUACCGCUAUCUCGAUGGGUCGGGCCCUUUACCCAUUGAAGAUUCGAAGCAAACAAGGGAUCAACUCGUCUGUUGUUCUUCCAUUUUCAACUUCAUUCAUCUUCGCUAUGGGUCCACUCAAAGGUGUUCUUCCAGGGCAUGGCCUGGUUUUCCUGUUCGUCCCUUUUACGGGGAUCAUCAUGGCGAAUCCUGCCCAGAAUUUGGGUUUUUUAAAUCGAACAGUCAACGGGAAUCCUAAUAAUCACAUUUUUGGGGUUGAAUUUGACGUUUUUAAGAACCCGGAGUUUGAUGAUAUUGAUGACAAUCAUGUAGGGAUUGAUGUCAAUUCGUUGACUUCAAUCACAUCCCAUGCUGCUGGCUACUUUAAAGACGGUGGAAAUGGAGAUCCAGAAAAGUCAUUUAACAAUUUACAGCUUAAUAAUGGGAAAAACUAUCAAGUUUGGAUCGAUUUUAGGGAUUCAGAGAUAAAUGUAACUAUGGCUGUUGCAGGACAAAGAAGGCCAAGUAAACCAUUGAUAAGUACAGAUUUAAAUUUAUCAAACGUUCUCGAGGAUGAAAUGUAUGUGGGUUUUACCGCAGCCACUGGUCGGCUUGUCGAAAGCCACCAUAUUUUAGCUUGGAGCUUCAGCAAUUCGAAUUUCUCUAUUCACGAAGAGUUAAUCACAACUGGGCUGCCGUCUUUCGUGCUUCCCAAAGAUCCCAUAUACAAAUCGAAAGGAUUCAUCGCAGGUAUGACUGUCGGCCUGUUCUUCUUCCUCGUACUGGCUUCCUCGCUUACUCUGUUUCUUAUAAACCGCAAUAGAAGGAAAGCUAGAGAGAAAGCCGAGAUGGAAGAAUGGGAACUGGAGUAUUGGCCUCAUAGGAUUCCAUAUCAAGAAAUAUAUUCAGCCACAAAAGGGUUUUCAGAGAAUCUCGUAAUCGGAACGGGUGGAAACGGAAAGGUUUACAAGGGAGUUCUCAGGGGAGGCGUGGAGGUUGCCGUGAAACGAAUCUCAUCAGACGAAUACAACGAAGGGAUGAGAGAAUUCUUGGCGGAGAUAACGAGUCUUGGUAGGUUAAAACACAGGAAUCUAGUUGGAUUAAGAGGAUGGUGUAAAAAAGAGAAAGGAAGCCUAAUCCUGGUGUAUGAUUACAUGGAAAACGGAAGCUUGGACAAGAAAAUAUUUGAAAAUGGAGAAAGAUUUCUGGGUUAUGAAGACAGAGUAAGGAUAUUAAAAGAUGUAGCUUCUGGUGUAUUGUAUUUGCACGAAGGAUGGGAAUCUAAAGUUCUUCACAGAGACAUUAAAUCAAGCAAUGUUUUGCUUGAUAAGGAAAUGAAUGGAAGAUUAGGUGAUUUUGGGUUAGCCAGGAUGCACGCUCACGGACAGGUGGCGAACACGACUCGUGUGGUGGGGACGAUUGGUUAUUUAGCUCCGGAAGUGAUUAGAUCAGGUCGGGCGUCGACACAGACAGACGUGUUUGGGUUUGGGGUGUUGAUUUUGGAAGUAUUAAGCGGUAGAAGGCCGAUAGAGGAUGGGAAUGUGAGUUUGGUGAAUUGGGUUUGGGAGUUAAUGGAAAGGGGAGAGGUUUGGAAGGCAAUUGAUGAGCGGAUUAGGGUUAGAGAGGAUGAUGCGGUGAAAAUGGAGGAAGCGGUUAAGGUUAUGGGUUUAGGGUUGAUGUGUGCGCAUCCAGAUGAAGGGGAAAGGCCGACAAUGAGGCAAGUGGUUAAGGUUUUGGAAGGAGGAGGAGGAGGAGGGGGGAAAGAAGAUGGAGAUGAGAGUGAGGAGAUGGACAUGUAUUUGCUUGGAGGGAAAUCGAAAUCGAAAUCAAAAGCAGAAACAGGAUUCAUGUUUAGAUCAUCAGGUGGUCGUGGUGGGAAAGAAGGAGAAGGAGAAGGAUCGGGGAGUGGAUCAUGGCAUCCGACGUUUGAAGACAUGAAACAGUCAAUUUCAACUUCCAUGGUGUCACUCACAUGGUCUGAUGUUGCAGUCGAACCUAGGUGAA